CAUUAACCAUAUGUAAAAUGGCUACUGUUAUAAGCGGCGAUUGUUUUACAAAAAAGCUGGUAGAAGAUGUUCAAUCAACAUUUAAAAGAUUAGAAAUUGCCUUAAAAGCACGUGAAACACAAAUAUUACGACAAAUUGAUGUAAUACUACAACAAUAUGCCCUAAACAAAACUGGAAAUCCAAAAUGUUUUAAAAAAAUCAACGUAGUAUUUACUAAUGAAGUAGAUAUUUUAAAAGCUGUAUCAAAUUUUGGUAUUAUUGAUUUUGAAGGUAUUAGUUUUGAAAAUAAUAUUUAUCAAAUUGAAGAUUAUGAAAAUCCAAAUUGUGAUCAUAUAUGCUUACAUAAGUGCUUAAAAAAAGUAACAAAUGCUCCGGAUGUUGUGCCAAAUGAACAAGAAACAAAUGAAAAACUUAAUGAAUCAUCAUCACCAAUAGAAAAAGUAUCAUCGGAUACAAUAGUGAAAAAUUUACAUUCUUAUGCAUCGACAUUAAAAUCAUUGCAAUCAAAUGAAAAUUUACAUGCAUUAGCGAAAAAUAUGGAAAUUAAAAUAUCUGAUCAUGUAAAAUAUACUCCAGAUAUUAAUGAAAAUCAUUCGUUUGAAUUUCAAGAAUCGAGUUUUACAUCAGAUUCCAGAAAUUCAACUGAUGAUUUAAAUGAUGAUUCAUCAACCUCCAAAGUAAUGUCAGAUCAUUCCUCGUUUGAAUUUCAUGAAUCAAGUAUAGAAAAUACACCGAAAAUGCAAAAAGAAUGUACAAAAAGUUUCUAUAACCGACAUGAAAGUCGGUAUGCCAAAAUUAGUAUGUCAAAUUUAGUAGAAUCUGAGGAUGAAUUUAAAGAAUGUACACCUGUAAUCGAAUACGAAACGAAAAAACCACAAUUUAGCUCAAAAAAUGAUUUAGUUAAUCAAGAAGUCAACGAAUCUAAUGAAAUAAAAUCUGAGAUAAUUAACGAAAAUCCAUCCACACCGGAAGUGGUAGCAUCAAAAAUGAAUAUAGAAUAUCCAAUUCAACAAUGGAUGCAACAAAUAUCAAGAGAACCGGAAUUGGAACCAAUACAAAAUAAUGAACUAAUGGAGCAUGUUAACAUAACGACUAUGUUAUGAGAACAACAUUUUAAUGUUAUACGUUCGAAAUUAUUAAAUUGAUAUUUAUUUUAUAUAUAUUUAAUUUUUUUAGGGGGUUAUAUCACUUUGAAGUUCAAAUUUAACUAGAGUAAUCAGUUAAAUUAAGGAAUUGAAACUACAUCCGACUCGCUAAUAAUCCGUUCAUUGGAAGCUAAGGUGUUCCUUAAAAACGCGUUAUUAACUAUGCGAUGCGAUCAGGUCGACAUCAACGACUACACAAGGGAUUUAUAGCUCCUCAGUCGGUAUUUUUACCAUAAUAUCAGAACAUUACACUUCUCAUUUGUAAAACUCAUAAAUAAGAUCGCCAAUGAUAGUUUAAUCGCAAGUGCCUAGAGUAGGCUAAACAUAUUUUUUUAUUUUUCUUUAAUCUAAGUCAAACUAACUUAAAUUGUCUACCCAAUAACAGAGAUAACGAUUGCAGUCGUUUUCCGAUUUGGAGUUUAAAAAUGCAGGAAGUUUGUUGUAACUGACAAUUUAAAAAAUUUAAAAUUGCUCCCGCAUUACGUAUUUUUUAUCAAUUUCAAAGUGUGUGUAACUUCUUAACUUUUAUCGAAUAUUAUCCCAGUUUAAUUUUUUUUUUUACUUAACUUGAAUUAUAUUUAAUUGUGUAAAAGCUGUCCUAAAAUUAUCACAAGUAAUUAGUAAUCUUGUAAACCUUUUUAUUGAUUCAUAAAUUAUACAGUACAGAGUUAUUUAAUAGCAUAUCGGGUAAAAUUCGACGGCUUUGUGGACUCAUACUAACCUUUUGCCGAAAUUUUAUAUUACUUUUUUGCGUAAGUGUGGCUAAAUUACGUUAAUACAGUGCACACUUUCUUCCCUCAAGACUUAUGUAUUUGUGUGCUAGUUGGCAUAACCUAUUUAUUUCAAAAUAUCUCAAAGUAAAAAGUCCAACGCCGUUUAAUCGCAGAAUUUAAGCGUGCAAUUCUUUGCUAAUCUCCUUGCAAGCCGAAGAUCUACCAAAUUUUCAUUACUUGUAAAAUAUUGCUCAAAAAUGAAAACUCGCUGUUUCUUCGUCUAACUCUAUUUUCAUAACCCUAUACUGUACGCUAAGAGCACAAAUCACGCUCUCUUUGAAAAAAAAUUUAAUCUUAGAUUAAUUUUAGGACACCUUUUAUAUUCAAUUUUCUAUUCGAAUCUUUAUAUACUUAACUAGCGAUACACAAAGAGACUGAUUCAAUAUGUACACUUUUCUUUUUUGAACCAUGGAUAAAUUCGAUAAGAUAUCCACCCACCGUCCAACCAUUUUUCGUCAUAUCAAACUGUCGAUGUGGAAAUAUAAAACUUAUCGUACAAUCUUUACAACCUUUACAAGAUCGUAACCUUAAUAAAAAAAAAUUUACGCUCAGUUCGCUGGACAAUGAUCUGAAUUUUAAUUUGUACUAUUUUUAAGUAAAUUUUAGUCAAUCGAUUAAGUUUAGUCAAUAAUGCAGUAAAAUUUUUUUAAAUGUAUUUAAUAAUUGCAUUUAUUUGGAGGGGAGGUACCCUCCAAAGUCAUUAAUUUAUUCGUUUUUAAUUUUAUUUUUCAAUAAUGGUCAUACAGGGUCUUAAUUUAGAAAUACAUUUAUUUAAGAUGAGCCAUACGACGAAGCUUACAUGCACAUAGAUAAAAAAUAUCCUAGGAUGUUUUAACGCAUUUGUCUCAUUGGUAAUAUUUUGGAAAUGGUUUUAAGAAAUAUAAAUUUUCGUGGGGCUAAAAACGCAAUUAAAAUGUAAAUUAUUCAUUCAUUCAUCGUGUUGUAAAUUAUUUUUAUUUAUUUCGAUUUUAGAAAGAUGAGUGCCCUAGACUUAUCCAUAUUUUCGAAUCUCCAGACAAUAAUAUAUUUGUAUAUAGAUCAGUAUGAUUGUAAAAAGACCCUGUAACCUUCUUAUUGAAAAAAUUGUAUUUAUCCGAUCAUAUUGUUACUUAUAUAGGCACUAAUGUUUUUGGAAAACAAAAACAAAUUGUAGAUAAUUUGCACUCCA